AUGCAAGAUGGAGAUUCCCGAGAGAUAGAGCCAAAGGAUAAAAUUAUCAAAGUAUACUCGCAAUUCAUGACGAGGGUGGCUCAAUUUGAAGAGCUCGUGUCGACCGGGUGCACAUUACUCAUCGGCUUUCAGCAAGCUCUCGGGUUUUUGAGACGGCCGUCCAUUGACAAGACAUCAACACUGGUCGAGCGCAUUAUUAAGACUCAUGACUCGAGAAGAAUUUUGUCCUACGUGGAAUCUGGAUGUGUCAACUGUCACGACUGUGUACAGAAUGUGAGCAAACUGCACAAGUGUCAUCUCGGACUAGAGGACCAUAUUGAUCAAGCUGAAAUUGUUGUGAAUGAACUCAAAGGCCUUCUAGAUGAUGCGGUGUUGGUCGUGCAAACUUCUGGGGAAAAAGAUGAAGAUUUGAGUUGCUACUUUGAGGAUUCGAAUCUUGAAGUUACUUUGAGCGAUAGAGAGCAAUUUACAAACCUUGAAGUUGCCGAUUUUGCUGCCAUGAUGGCUUUCGUGUACAGUAUGUUGAAACAAGAUUAUGCAAUGCAAGUCCGAAUUGUGUCCUCACUAAGCUACAAGUCUUCUUUGUCUGGGGAGCUGGAGACGUAUUGCAAGAUGUGGUCUCUAAGGCCCUUUGUGGAUGAUGACAUUAUGCGUAAAGCUUGGGAGCUCGUUUCAUGA